GCAACACUGCACGGAAGUACGUGGGAAACGUCUGCUUGUCUUCUGCGGUUACAAGAAGUGUCUUGAGAUGAGACCAACGGUGGUUUUAACGUGUUCAAUCCUCCUUUACUUUUUGGAGAUUUUCCGAGGUGUCCAUGGAAAGCAAGAAUGGCCGAUUCCUUACAGGUAUUUAGGGCAAAUGUUCACUUCUAAGACAGCUGCUGCUAUCCAUGUUUAGCUAUCUUCGACAACAUGUCAUGUGAUACGUGUCUAGUUAAGGCAGUACACCAAUAAUCUUUGGUGUAGACCUAGAUUUUCUAACCACUAACUAGCUACCAAUCCAACCUUCUAUCACAAACUGUAGUUGACAUUGACAAAUUGAUUGAUUGACACUGACAGGCGAUUUGAUCGUCGUCCCGCUGCGGACUCGUACUGUGAAGCGAUGUUCCCCUUCUGCCCCACCGGCGACCGGGAUGGCCGGACGCCCCACAUGAAUAACUGGGAUGUCAUCUCGGUAUUUCGACUGCAAGCUCCAGUGUGGGAGUUUAAAUAUGGAUCCCUGCUGGGGAAAAUGGUAAGUAGGAUGUUUAAUUUUUUGGGGAAGUUGCACAGCUGUCAUACUCUUUUCUCUCUCUGUGUGUGUGUGUGUGUGUGUGUGUGUGUGUGUGUGUGUGUGUGUGUGUGUGUGUGUGUGUGUGUGUCACUCUCACUCCAGAUAGACACACCAACACACACCAGGAUUUCAGUUAGCUGGUAAUAGCUUUAGAAUUGUUUUUUGAAAAGCCAAUAAAUAACAUUAAAAUUGGCACCAGCCGAUGGUCAGCGCAGAGUAGGCUACCCUGUCGUAUUAAAAAAGAUUCUGCAAAUGUCUCCAGUCAUAUAAAGUGUGGUAGAAUUGCAUAUAAUGUGUUUUUCCCAUGCUAAGCCACCCAGGCCUCUACGCUAUAUGCGCUCAGCGAUGCAUUGAAUGGAAUUUUUUGCCAACAGUUAUUAGCCAAAUUAUGACUAUCCAAUCUACUCAUCACAUUACGAAUAGUAGGCUAUCUUACAUAACUCUGCAGAUGCAAUGAUGCAUGGAAUGCUUUAUUAUAAAGGUGCAUUUUUAUGUUGAACAUUUUCUUCCCCAAACUUGAAACUCACAGGCCGCCUAUGCAUAGGCUAGUGAUUAGGCUUUUCAUUACUCAUAUUGUUGGCACAGGAAAAGUACAUCUGGACAGUUAUUCUAUCUUCAAAGUGCAUAGUAAGGACACACGUCAUUGCAUCCUCGACUUGCAUGUUCUGUUAAGAUUAAUUACCAUAAUCUAAAUGUGAUUUCUGUCAUUCUGACCACUGUGGGUGGAUGCCCUAAUCAGGUUACACAACCAAUGCAUAUGGGUCCAGUAAAUUUCUCAAAUGUUACACACAUUCCAGGUGCAUUACAAAUCUCUGCGUAACUCAUUUUGAUUCUCUCACUCCUAGCAUAUCAUGCAUGAUGCCAUUGGGUUCAGCAGUGCUGAGAGGGGGAGAAACUACACCAUGGAGUGGUAUGAACUCUUCCAGCUGGGCAACUGCACCUUCCCUCACCUGAGACGUGAGACUACCGCCCCCUUUUGGUGCAACCAGGGAGCUGCAUGCUUCUUUGAGGGGAUUGAUGACAUCCACUGGUCUGAGAAUGGCACCUUGGAGAAAGUGGGAGAGAUCUCAGGUAACACGACUGAGCAGGCCAUGGGCAAUGUGAAAUCAGGUAGUAUUGUCUUUGAGAUCUUUUGGCAGCCUGGUUGAUCCAUUAGGAUCGACAGGUAGCCUAGUGGUUAAGAGCGUUGGGCCUGUAACCGAAAGGUUGCUGGCUCGAAUCACCGAGUCGACUAGGUGAAAGAUCUGUCUGUGCCCUGAUUAACCCUAAUUGCUACUGUAAAUUGCUGUAUACGAGUGUCUGCUAAAUGUAAAAAUUAGGAUGUGGAGAUGAUGCACUUUACUUUGUUUGUAAUAACUAGGCAUAUCACUACUAUGCUCUGCUGAAGAAGACCAGACUGAUAAUAAAGUCAACAAAUAACUUAUCAAUGGGGUUGGAAUGUUAGGUGUAACCAUCACCAUAUUGAUUCCUUUAGAUCUGCAAUCACUCAAGGGGUAGGGCUUGUGGUUGCAUUCAGACUGGGCCAAUCUCUCUUUAGAAAAGGUUGUAAUGAUAAACACAGGUUUGAUACCUGUUGCCCAUUGUGAACACAUGGAUUAUUGGUGAAUGCAGCAUGAAUGACAUUGUGCAUGUUAUAGUUUUGCAAACCCAAACUCCCCUCUGCUAUGAUAAAUAACGAUUACUGUCUCUCCUAGGUGGCCAGUUCAACGAGAUGGCCUUGUGGGUCCAGGACGACAACCAGACUGGGAUUUAUUACGAGACGUGGACGGUCCGCUCGGACCCCGGCCCCAACGCCACCGUGUGGUUCGACUCAUACGACUGCUCCCAGUUCGUCCAUCGCACCUACAGGUAUCUUACUCAACAGGGAGCCAAGCUGUCCAGCCGAUCCCAGACCAACUACACUAAGCUCUACCUGUACAGUGGGGAGCCGACCUACUUGGGGGACGAUGAUUCUAUCUUCAGGGAUCCUUCUGCGAAGUCCCUGGCUGAAGACAUCCGCAAGUUCUAUCACCCUUUCCGACCACACCAGUCGUACAUGGACUUUGUCCUCAGUCUCGCGGAGGCUUAUCAGAAGGUGGUAGAGGAGAAGAGCUUCUACUUGUACUAUAACUUUGAAUAUUGGUAUUUGCCAAUGAAAUCUCCCUAUGUGCAGAUCACGUAUGAGGAAGUGCCUUUGCCGUAAAGCCACAAUUUGUAAUUGGUUUUUCAGGCAAACGGCAGCCAAGCCACUUUUUCUUUGCUAUAAAGCUGAGGGAUGGGGCUGGAAAAAUGUUACCGCUCAAAGUCAGAUGGAGCUAUGGAUCGAAGGACUAUCGUUAAUUGAAAUUGCCAUUAAUUGAACCGCAAUAACUAUUGCAGAUUGCAUCUUUUUAGGUAGAGUUAACGAUGCACGAAGUAAACAGCAAUAUCUGGCAGACUUCCGCAACAACUAAGAAUGUAAAUGUAUUGGUCCUGCAGCUAUCACGUUGGAGCAGUGUGAAAUGCACAUGCGCAGAUAUCUUUUGUGAUUGCAUGUUCUUGCAUUACGUCAUCUGCAAUUCAUUCUGCUGCUCGUGGCAAUGUCAUAUUGCUGAGCCUCUGUUGAACUUUCCAUUUGACUGGAAUGUAGUGCGAUUUUUAUCAGUAUGAGUGUUUUAUUUUUUUUAAUGUACGCAGAGUUUAUGAAUUCUGGGAUUGAAAAUGCAUUGAGAAAGGCCAUUAAAAGGAAUGUUAAAGCGAGAUUCUCAUCAGGACUGUGCAUACCAACACUAUUUCCUGUCAGCUACGCACAACUCUUAGGCCUUAACCCACAAAUAGCAGUUGCAUAGCAGUUAUUGUUUUUGUUUAGGCGAUGUUUGUGUAACUGCGUUGGAGCUGUCA